AUGCCGGGGUCGGAAGCGAAAGUUGAAGAAAACGGCCACACCCUGAUGAAGAAGGCAGAAGAGGACGAGGUCAUCGAGGACGAGUUCAAUAUUCACUCAACAGUCGGCCUGGUCUCUGCACUGCUGCUGUCUUGCCUCGCAUCGAUGGUGAGCGAUUCCAAGGAUCUCAAAGACUUCGCAGAGGAGCGCGACCGCAGAUGGGAGUUGCAAGACGAGGGAGUCUCCAUCUUUGACGUCUACCAGGCCUUGAUUUUCGUCUGCAUGUCGUGCAACUCGGUGAUAGCAGCAGUCAACUUUGUAGCGACAUCCGUCACAUCCGACCAAGUUAGCCUGUGUAUGUUUGUUAAGAGUUGCAUCCGAGGCAAUGUGCUUGCCAUCAUGACGGCGAUUGCACGCCUUAUUGCUUUUCAGCGAGUUGCAAAGUCUGAUGCCCCGGAGUUUCAGAGGAUAAUGGGAGCAGGACGGGUGGGAUGGUGCACAGGUGCGCUGCCAGUUGUGGCAAUGGCUGCUGGUGUUAUCUCUUACAUUCUGGUCAUGCUGGUUCAGGGAUACCUGGUGAUGCACAUGAAGACCUUCUGGUUCUGUGUGGCGACCAUAACUGUCUGCAUCAUUCUCUGGGCGAGCCACGAAGUAUGGAUCAUCCUUGCGAAACGAGCUGUGAAUCACCCUGAACUCCUCAAGCUUAGCUGUGCUGACGCACCUCAGGAUAGCGAGUAUGAAGAGCUCGAGAGCUCCUAG